AUGCUCUCCAAGGCCUUGCAGAAGGCCAAUACAGCAGUGCAACUCGACAAUGCGCAAAACUUUGAAGGUGCGAGGGCUUCGUACCUCGAGGCUUGUGAACUUCUCCAGCAGGUCCUGCAGAAAACUAGUUCCGAAGACGACCGUCGGAAGCUGGAGGCUAUCCGUACGACAUACACGAGCCGCAUCGACGAGUUGGUGCAGCUGAGCCACGAAGAACUGAUCUCUACAGACGACAAGGAGUUACCUGCGAGACCAAACAGCGAUAGCUAUCCACCCUCUACAACCACUACCCUAGACUAUGACGACGAGCCCGAAGUCACGAUAAUCGAAACGGCGACCGUCACACGCAUAGCACCAGCCGCGCAAAACCAAUCGCCACCUAGGAAUAUAAUACAUCCACCGCGGUGGGCGAGUGCCCGUACCGUUGAGGUUGAACCUACCUACUCGGCCUCACCGGGGUCGCAAUGGUCACCCGAUAACAAGGUGUUGCUACUCCAGCGCCCCGACGCGGACCAGGACAUACCGCCUCCGCUUUCACCUCGUCGCCCUUUUGAGGGCCUUGGCAUCCAGCCCCAUACUCCAACGCUGAUUCCCACCAGCCAGUUCUCCUCCGCGCAAGUUAACAACAACCGCGCUCCCGUCACCAACGGCCAUUAUCGCGAUAUUAGCCAAGAAUCAAAUUCCUGGCUAGACUCCAAGGCCGACUCGGGUGGCUCCACCUCUUCCUCCGUCCACUCGCGCACAUCAUCUCUCAACGUGAGAAGGAAGCACAUUCGUGCCCCCAGCGGUGCCACCGAAGCCGAAUUCGACGCCGCCCUGGAUGCCGCUGUUGAAGCGGCGUACGACGAUGGCUUUACCGAGCUCGAGUCCCAGCGAUUCGAACAGGAAAGGGUAAUGCGCCGCAACAACCCACAAAUGGACUAUGCGUCCCCUACCGUACCCGAGGACUUUUAUGACGACGAAUCCUCAGAUGAGGAUGAGCGCAUGCUAGAAGAGAUGACGCGAGGCUACGAGAUCGAGGACUUUGCCUUUGGCCGGAGAGACGAUCAGAUAGCGGAUUUACCUCCCCGGAGUGACUCUAGAGCCUGGUUUGGGAGUGUUGGCUUGGACGGAACUGCGGCAAAGCCCUCUCUCCGCCGAGAGAUGUUGGGCUCAAUGCCGCGGUCACUUCGCGAGCCGCCGCGACCCUCCGCCGACCCAUGCGCUGCCCGAUCUGCCAAUGCCCUCUAUCCGGCCCCUCGCCAUCAGCGGCAGCGACGCAACCUGCCAGGCCGCGUGGCGCAUCAUCCCCGAACGUCUGACGGGGGUGGUACCACGUUGCUCGAAGGGAGCCCCAUCAUCGAGGAACGCGAGGAUGUAGAGGUAGAGGCUGUCCUGGCUCGGACGGCCUCGCCUUUGGCCCAUUCCCUCAUGACCAAAAACUACUCGUCCUCCAGCCUGCGCAGCGCCCGAAGCCGUAACAUGUCCAUGUCCAAUCUCGACGAUGAUCUGUCCCCCGGCACGCCUUCCAGUAACCCUUUUGCAUCGACUGGUCGCCUACCCAGUAUCUCUGCCACGUCGACGCCGAUGAUUUCCACAUUUGACGAGCAGUUUCCCACCGAUUCGGCCGAGAGCCUCUAUUUGUUUGAUGGCGGGUUGCAAAGCCGGUCUCGACCGGGUUCGCCUGACUCUCAAUGGGGCGACGCACCGGUUGCGCUGGAGCCUUGCCCGAGUGACUUCUUACUUCGUCCGUUUUGGCUGAUGAGGUGCCUUUACCAAACCCUAGCACACUCGCGUGGCGGCUACCUCAGUAAUAAGGUGUUUGUCCCACAAGAGGUGUGGAAGGUCAAGGGGGUGAAGCUCCGCAACCUCGAGGACAAGAUCUCGACCUGCGACUACCUAACGGCGGCUCUGUCCAAGCUAGCCAAGGUGGACACGUGUGACGCCGACGCCGUAUUAGAAGAGAUGCAGGCCCUCGAAGGGGUCCUGGAGCAGAUGACGGUCAGUCUUACUCGGAAGCUUGGGAAUGAGGUCGGGGUCCAGACCUCGAGCAUGCUUUUAAGGACUCUCUGA